AUGAUAAGCAGUACGAUAUCUAAAAUCAAACAAGUGUGUACACUGGCAUUUAUACCUCGUCUGUUUAGAGGUGAUAUUCGCAGCACUCUAGGAAAAUUCGAAAAAUUGUCACUCUUCGAUCAAAAAAGAGCACACAAUACCACAAAAACAGAGUGCAGUUUAGAAAGUGAAAAAGAAAAAUGUCAACACAUAAUAGAUCUUGUGUUUGCUCCAAAUGUUCCAUUUACCGAAACCAUAUUCACGGAAUUGGAUACAAAAUCUAAAGGACUCACCUAUAUAGUAUCUUCUCGUCGACCCCCGAACGAAGAGGAUAAAUGUGAAAUAUGUCGCAGAUUAAUCAAAGAAAUAUUUGGAGAUGACAAUAACGAUGUAGUAGAUACAAGUACUAUAGUUCAAAAAAAUCAAACUCAAAUAGAAACUUUACAGGCCACAACAAAUAAAGUAAAUGAAGAGAAACUAGUACAGAAAAUCGAAAUUAUUGAAGAGACACCCCUUGUUGAGGCACAAAAGCCAAAAAUUGAGGGUUUCAAUGUGUUACCUAAGAUAUUAGGAAGAAACAACCAAGAAGAAAAAGUAGCAAGCACAAAAAAUAUUGAAACACUCUGUUUUUCAUCAAGAAAAAAUACAAGCAAUCAUUCAAAAAACAGUAUUAUAAAAGGAUCUCCUGAUUUCGAUGAAUUAGCACAACGUUGUCUAAAUUCCCCUAGCGGUCGUAUCGAUGAGCGUCUUCUCAAAGAAAUGGAAAAGCUGGGUGUUCCACCUACGUCAGGACGUGAGUCUAAGAAAAAAAUUGAUGAUAACGAAUUCAGUCAAGCUGAAAUUAUGAAGAAACCAAGGCGACCCGUGGAAAAGACUGAUUUAGAUUUAACGAACAUUCAAAAUCAAGACACAAUGGGAGAAAAGAUUGAGUUACCAUCUCCUUUUGGACUUACAACUGGCAAAUAUAAUAGUGAUAGUAUUAAAGUAGAUAGUAAAAGAGUUGGAUUUAUGAACUCUCAUAAAGAAAGAGGACAAGCUGAAUACUCUUCCAGUAAAGAAAUUGAAAGACGCUUUGCAAAGGGCUCUUACAAACAUAUUACUCCCAAAAACGAAAUGCCAUAUAAUCAGUUGUUAUCACACAUGUUCGCAACAAACGUGCCUACAGAUGAAACUAUAAAAUCAACUAACUCGCCUGAUAACGCUGGACAGAGAGAUAAUAAGUCAAAUUUAAGGCAUAUAAAUAUAGUCGAGCAUAUAUCCGUUACUAUCGAAGAACCAGUUCAUCAAGUCCAUGAGCAUCAUAAUGAAAAUAACGCUGGAAAUCAAGAACAUUAUGAAAUAAAAGAUUCAAGCUUAGUAGAACCAGAGAAAACUACAGAAAGUAUAAAUAGACAAAUUAUUCAAAACCUCCUUCAAACUAGAGUUGAACAUCUUGUCCAUGAUAAAAUAAAAUCUUUAAAACUGUUACCGGACGACUCCAAUCUUAAUUCAAAAGUAAAUGCAUUUCAGUUUAGUGAUCAAAAUCAAAGUACAGAUGGAAAUUUUGUAAAGGGAAUUGAAUCGCAGGUCACUGGUCCAUUAGUUAUUUGCAAAGAAACAAUGAGCGGUCAAGUUGACGGGACUACAAACGAAUUCACUAAGAUAGAGGAUGCAUAUGUGAAGGAUAACACUGAAUUUACCACGAAAGAUGACUCCAUAGAUGAACUUGAACUUGCGAAAGUUUCAGAGCAAACAGAUGAUAUUUAUGAUACAUUUAUUGGGACCGAAAGUACAAGACCGACUUUAGAAUAUAAUAUAGUGGAAUCUCAGCCCGAUGAACAUCCAAACCAAAUACUUGUAGCUGAAAAUAACUUAUACAAAAACUAUAAUUAUAAUAUACAAAGUGAAAUACAACCAUUAAUAGAGUCAAAGGAAGACGAAAGGAAUAUUAAUGUUAAAGAAAAUGAUAAAUUUACGAAUAUUGAACCAGUCAUAGUAGCUGAAACAGGUCGAUUACAAAUUAAAGGGCUGAUUUUUUCACCAGAUAAACAGAUUAAUACUUCCACUACAAUAAAAGAUUCGGUGACACCAAACAUCAUACCACCAGAAAAGUUGGUUAAGCCCUUGAUAGAUAAAGGAACGCUAAUAGAUGUACCAAAAGAAUCAUUUGAAAACCCCCUACCUACCGUGGACUUUCCAAAAUCAAAACCUCAAGAGGCAGUAUCACUGUCAGAGCUAUUAAAGAAGGUUAGAGCACGCAAUCGGAUUGAAUAUUGUCGAGGUGUUGAAUUGCACAUGAAAACAGCACCAAACGUCGAUCCAGCUGUAGGAAAAUGCGGAAAGAAACCACCCAAAUGUCCACCCGCAGCGCCACAAUGUCCUCCUAAAAAGCCACAAUGUCCACCACCGCCAGCUCCUCCAUGUCCACCAUGUCCUCCACCCCCAGAGCCACCUUGCCCACCUCCAAAAGCACCCUGUCCAAAUCCUUGUAAGCCAAAAUGCUCACCACCUUGUACUCCGAAUCCAUGUGCACCUAAACCAUCUUGCCCACCAGCUAAGAAAAAUCCUUGCGAUAAGUUCAUAUCGAUUGGAAUACACGACACACUUAUAUUACUCGUAUAUUAUGGACCACAGUUUCAUAUUCCUCGAAAAUCGAUGUUACCAAUAAUAACUUGCAAAUACAACAUAGACAUGAGAAAUGAAUUAAAAGAUGAAAUAGCUUUAAAACUCCAGAACAUAAGCAAUAAAUUAAUGUUCCCCAGAAUUCAAGCACAAAAUGAAAUAUUGCCUCCUCAUAUGAUAUUAAUGGACAACAUUGAGUAUUCGCGGACGUAUGACCCAUGGGUCCCAAUACCUUCAUGGCCAAUCCCGGAAAAACAAUCAAAAAAGGAUUUAGUAUGCCCGAAGCAUGGUUGCAAGGAUGCACCGCCUCGAUUGAAUCCGCCAUGCAGUGACAUCCAUCCUUGUCAAACUUUACCGAAGCCAAAUAGUUUACCAAAAAGAUCGUUUUCGGCCUUCUACAAUUUUUUGAUAGCGUUCACAACCUGUUCGUAAUCUGAUAAAUUAUGAAUAAUAAAAGUAGAAGUGUACAGAAUGUUAUGAUAAUCAGCGAAAAUAAAAUGUAAUCCAGCUAGUUCUUUGUUUUAUUUUGAAUGGCUCAAUUUUGAUGAUCUUGAGAUAAGUCCAGACCAGGCCUCUCGUCCUCGGGGGCCUCCAUAUGGCUGCAAAUUCCCUCGAAGGUAGUUUUUUUUACUUUUACUACCGUGAAAUACUACAGCUAUCUGUAUUAUAUUCACAGUAUUAAUAUUCCUCUAUAUUGAACGC